AUGGCGACCGUUCCUCCAUUGACCGGCAUCAAGGUGCUCGAAUUUGCCGGCCUUGCACCUGGCCCUUUUGCCGGCGUCUUCUUUGCCGAUGCCGGCGCAGACGUCCUCCGCAUCGACCGUCCCGUCAAGGGCCGCUCCCACACCCUCGGCGCUGACGUCCCCGACAUCACCGAGGACAUGCUCGCGCGCCACAAGUCGUCGAUUGCUGUCGACCUCAAGAACAAGGCCGGCGUUGCUCUCAUCAAGGAGCUGGCCACCCACGCCGACGUCCUCAUCGACCCCUUCCGCCCGGGUGUCCUCGAACGCCUCGGCCUCGGCCCGGAGGUCCUGCAUGCCGCCAACCCGCGCCUGAUCUACGCCCGCCUCAGCGGCUUCCGCCGCGACGGCAAAUACAAGGACAUGGCGGGCCACGACAUCAACUACCUGGCCGUUUCCGGUGUGCUUUCGGUGCUCGGCCGCAGCGGCGAGAAGCCCACGCCGCCCUGGAACAUCCUGGCUGAUUUCGCCGGCGGUGGACUGAUGCUGGCCGUGGGCGUGCUGCUCGCACUCGCGGCGCGCCAGCAGACGGGCCAGGGCCAGGUCGUCGAGGCCAACAUGGUGGACGGCGCGUCGUACCUGGCGUCGUUCCCGCGCUUCGCGCUCAAGACGCCGCUGGGCGACCACCCGCGCGGCCAGAACCUGCUGGACACGGGCUGCCCGUACUACGACACGUACGAGACGAGCGACGGUGGCUUCAUGGCGAUUGGCCCCAUCGAGCCGCAGUUCUUCCAGGUCCUGGUCGACAAGCUCGGCCUGGGCGGCCAGCAGUGGGAGACGCGGCGGUACGACCGCACGCAGUGGCCGGCGCUGCGGGCGGCGCUGACGACGGCGUUCCGCAGCCGCUCGCGUGCGGCGUGGGAGGCUGUGUUUGACGGCACAGACGCGUGCUGCACGCCCGUCCUCGGGUUCCCAGAAAUCGAGGCGGGCCGUACUUCGGGCGCGCGCGAGGGUGACCUCCGCCCUGCCGUGGCGCUGCGGUCGACGCCGCUGCUGGCCGUGACGGACGCGGCCAAGGCAGCGGGUGUGAGCGAGGAGGUGCGCAGCCGUCGCGGCCAGGGCAGCGGCGUUGCCGGCGAGGGCUACGAAGGCCAGGCGCUGCGGCCGGGCGAGGGCGGUGAGGAUGCGCUGAAGCGGUGGCGUGGGUGGACCAAAGGCGCCGAGUACGACGUGACCAACGGCGGUCUCGUGCUCAAGGGUGCCGACAAGGCGCGGUUAUAA